CAACAUGUUUCUUCCGCUCUUUUUGAAUUUCGAACAAUAAAUACGAAAUUAACACAAUUUUGGAAAUAAAAAUUCAAGUAAAAAACUUCCAAAAAGAUGUCACUUCCGGAAAACAGUCAAAACUCCUCAAUUUCCGUACUAAAAUCUGAUGACUUGAUAGAAAUUUUCGGAUACCUCAACUUCAAUGAACUCAUCACCUGUCGCCGUGUUUGCUCAUUUUGGUACAAAAUCAUUCGUGACACGUCGCACUUGAAUGAUCGCCUCUGUUUUCGCCUCGAAUUUGGACGUGGCUUUGUCGUUGAUCGUCAUGAGCCGCCACUUUCGUUGAUUCUUCACAGCAAAAUUAAAAUCGAAAAGUUGACUUUUUGGAAUGAUUUCUUCGAGGCAGGGAAAAGUAUCGCCACGGUCACGGCUAAUCGUGAAAAAUUACAAAAAUUGCUCCAUAUUUUGAGGGAAAUGAAUGUCACGGAGACACUUCAUGACCUGAUGAUGCAAACGCGAGACGAUGAACCGCGAACCAAUAGUUUACUUUUUGAACACUUGAUUUGUGGCAUGAAAAAUUUGAAAUAUCUCCGGUUUUCACUUCCAUCGUUCGUGCACGCUUUUGAGACUUUACUCCCAUCGAUGAACAGCAAUCCACCUUUCACGAUCGCAUCAAUUGAAAAAGUUGAGAUUUUUCACGAAACGUUCCGUCGAUUGAUUGCGGAUGAUUUUCGGCGAAUGUUGAAAAUUUUCCCGAAUACGAAGGAAAUUCACAUUUAUCCGUCGGUUUCAAUGUUACUAGAUAAAAGUAUCAUUCAAACAUUUGCGCCUCUCAUCAAGACAAUCACCAAUCUCGAGCAUUAUACCAUCAAAGAUAUCAUGAACAUCGAAAAUUUGGCUCUAGAUCAUCUGGAAUUUCCGGAUCCAUGCGAGUCGUCGCGGGUUCUUCGUUUCAUACAAGAACAUCCGGAAAUAAAAAGUGCAAGUUUGUUAGUAGAUUAUUCCAGUGUCGAUUUUAUGAGACCCUAUGACAUGAUUACGACACUAAUUAUUCAAGUUGAUGCCUUUGAAAUUGACGAAUUCGAUGACGAGAGUAAUCCCGAGUACAUGUACAAUAUUUUGAGAUUCACACCAAAUUUAAAAAGACUUCAAAUUGAGUUUCCGAAGGCUGAGGAGCAUAAUUUUGGACAUACAGAAAUUGAUUUGCCGCAUUUAGAAGAAGUUGAAGUCACACAAAUCGAGCUAGAUUGCCAAAAUUGUUGCUUAAAACUCUUAAAAUCUUGCGUGAACACAAAAACUCUUACCUUGAAGGAUGUCUCACAGCAUCUCGAAGUCGUACAAAUGCAAGCAAUUGCCCAAACUCUCGUAAAUCUCGAAAAUGUCUCGAUUUUCUACGAAUACGACGAAGAAUUGGGAAAUCUCUUCGAAGAAUGGCCCGAAAUGCCGAAAUUACGACAUCUCACCUUGAACAAAGUUGGUGUUGUGACAAUUCCAGGAAUUCGUACGCUUCAAGCGUCAUGUCCUUUGCUCCAAACGCUCAAACUUUAUUCCAUCCGCAACACAAAUAUGAAGGAACUUUUGCAGGAAAUUGCCAAUAAAUUCCCAGAUAUCGUCGAUUUAACGCUCCGCGGGGGACGAACACAAAAAGUCUCAAAUUUGAGUGAAAUUUUCGCCGGAGGAAAAGGAUGGCGCUUAAAAACUCUUGAUAUUUCGCCAGAUCUCGAACAUUCAGACAUUCUACAGCUUUUUAAGCAACUCGAUUUCUUGCAAGUUGUUACGUGUAAAUUUGGAGCUCUAGUCGUUACGCGUCGCAUUUACUAUGAAGUUACAAAGAUGAAGGCUUAUAAGCUAGACGAGAUAGUUCAACCGAUGAAAAGUCGCAAACGGAUCCAUUUGGAUGCGGAUGACUCGUCAGAUUCGGAAACGUCUUCGAGUGAGAUGAGUGACGAUGAUGACGAUGACUAUGAUUCUACAGAUACGUACAAUAGUGACGACAUGGAUGCAGAAAAUGACAUUAUUGUGCUGUAAUUGUGCCUUCUUAUACUUUUUUUCUUGGUGAAUAAUUUAUUAAAUUAUUUGUAAGUUUAAAUAAAAAUCUUUUGUAGAAUAUUGAAGAAAUAUUCCAAAU